CAUAUAUAAGACAAAUCAAGAGCCCCACGUUUGCCCCUCAUUCUGCUUUCGUUUCCUCCGCUUUGUAUACACUCCCCUCUCAUACUAGAGCUUAGAAUUAAAAUAAUGAUCAGAACAGCCCUUCCCACCACCCGUGCCCUUGCCCGCUCAAGAGUCCUCCACCGAGCUGCUGCUCUUGCCCGACCUGGUGCCAUCACUGCCUCUCGGUAUAUCAACACCGAACCCGUCAAGGGCUCUCCUUCAGACCUCAAAUCCGUCCCUUCCCAAGGCACUCAUGGCCGAUCUCGUAUUACUCCCAGCGAAAAGUCGAAGGUCUGGCCCGAUGCAAAGACUGCUAUCAGAGACAUUAAGAACGGUCAAACUAUCUUGUCCGCUGGUUUUGGACUCUGUGGUACUGCCGAAACUAUCAUAAAGGCUAUGAGGGAGAGUGACUUGAAGGACUUGACUGUCGUCUCCAACAACGCUGGUAACGCCGGUACCUACGGUCUCUCUCCCCUUAUCACCUCUAAACAGAUCAAGAAAAUGAUCUUGUCUUAUCUCGGUACCAACAAGGGCCUCCAAGAUGCCUACCUUUCCGGUGAAAUCGAAAUUGAGCUCUGUCCCCAGGGUACCAUUGCCGAGAGACUCCGAGCUGCUGGUGCAGGUAUGCCCGGUUUCUUCACCAGGACUGGUGCUGGUACAGAUGUCGAAACUGGCGGUAUCCCUCAAAAGUGGUCCAAGCCUGAUGCCGAUGGCAAGCAGACUAUCGCUAUCCCUGGUGUGAAGAAAGACACUCAGGUGUUUGACGGCAAAAAGUUCCUCUUCGAGCCUGCCAUUCACGGUGAUGUCGCUGUUUUCCGAGCUUGGAAGGUUGACAAGGCCGGUAACUGUGUCUUCAGGUACACUACCCGAACUUUUGGUCCUCUUGUUGCCCGAGCUGCCAAGCUCUCCAUCGUCGAGGCGGAGAACAUUGUCGAGAUCGGCGAGCUCGACCCUAUGGAGAUCGACCUCCCCGGUAUUUUUGUCGACCGAGUUGUCCCUGCCACCGAGGACAAGCAAAUCGAAAUCUUCACCACCCGAGAGGAGAACGAGAAUGUCUCUCCCUCUUCUGGCGAAGAGACUUCUGUAAAUAAGAGCGUUGGUCAGGCUCAGCGUGAGAAGAUCGCUCAACGAGCGGGCAAGGAGCUUUAUGAUGGUGCCUACGUCAACUUGGGCGUUGGUAUCCCCGUCUUGGCGGCUAACUACUUGCCUGAUGGUAUGAAAGUCUGGGUCCAGAGUGAGAACGGUAUCUUGGGUAUGGGCCCUUACCCAACCAAAGAGGAGGUGGACGCCGACAUCAUCAACGCCGGUAAAGAAACCGUAACCCUCGUUCCUGGUGCUUCCGUAUUCGAUUCCUCCGAGUCCUUCGGUAUGAUCCGAGGUGGUCACGUCGACGUAUCCAUCCUCGGUGCCAUGGAAGUUUCUGCCAACGGUGAUCUCGCCAAUUACAUGAUUCCCGGCAAGCUCGUCAAGGGUAUGGGCGGCGCCAUGGACCUAGUCUCCAAUCCUGACGAGACCAAGAUCGUUGUUGUCACCACACAUACCGACAAACACGGUCGACCCAAGAUUGUCGAGUCCUGCAAACUCCCCUUGACUGGUGUGUCUGUCGUUAGCAGGAUUAUUACCGACCUCGCUGUCUUCGACGUUGACAGGACCGGCCAGAACGGUGGCGGCCUCGAGUUGAUUGAGAUUGCUGAGGGCGUUAGUCUCGAGGAAGUCCAGGAGAAGACUGGCGCUACCUUCAAGGUUAGGGAGCCUCUCGGCAGGUUCUAGGGGGUGUGUGAAGAUUGCGUUUGAUUAUCGUAAGAAGUUUAUGACCUAAAGGAUAUAAAAGUGUACAUAUGGUAGUAAUAGACAUGUAGAGGACUCGAUAUAGACUGUAGACUUUGCAUGUUUGGACGUUUCUUUCUUGAUGCAUUGCAUUUCUUAUCU